AUGGGAUGUGUUCCUUCUAAAUUUAAAGAAAACUCCGCUUCUAUGGAUUCACAAAGUUCACAAACAGAAGAAUUUCGAUACAUUGAUGGUAGAAGAUAUCAUAAUGAAGAAAACGUCGGAUACCAUUUACCAAACGAUGACGAAGAAACAGAUAGAUUACAUGAACAACAUUUCAUAAUGAAAUAUAUCUGGCAAAGUAAUUUUUCGGCUCCUGUUGAGCACAUUUUGUCUAAAUCAGGUGCUAAAAUCCUUGAUGUUGGGUAUCCAUUGUCUAAGGUUAUUGGGUUGGAUAUAUCUACACACCAACCAACUCAGAUAAAACCUAAAAAUUUUGAAUUCGUUAAGGCAAAUGCUCAAGAAGGUUUACCAUUCGAUGACAACACUUUUGAUUUUGUAUUUCAACGAUAUUUGAUCGCCGGAUAUAAUAAAGAGAAGUGGCAAUAUGUAAUAAAUGAGAUUGUUAGAGUUUUAAAACCAGGCGGAUACUUAGAAUUAUGUGAACCCUCGAAUCCAUUUGAUAAUGGACCAGUUUCUCGACGUAUCUUUAUGAGUGAAGUUGAAAUAUUUGAAGAAAAAGGCUGUGAUAUAGAUAUAUAUGAAAAAUUGGAUGAUUAUUUACAAAACCAAGGGCAAGUGGAAAAUAUUAAAAAAGAGGCGAAAAAAAUCUAUUAUAAUGCAAAGCACAGUAACGAUAUCGGACUUAGUAAAGCGUUAGUCGGUUCUACGAUGAAUACAUUAGUUUCUCUUAAACCUCUUUUAACAAAAAAAAUGGAAAUUUCUAAUAAAGAAUAUGAUAAGUUGGCCAAAAUGGUAGAAAAAGAACUAAUUGAGCUUGAUUUUUAUCUUAUUGUGGUUCGUAUUUAUGCUAACAAAGUUAUUGAUAAGUAA